AUGGAGACAGAGACUACCAGCACUGUCAGUGUUUCCUCCGACUCUGUUGGCAAGUGUCCCUCCCCGGCGCUGAAAAACUGGAAGCUGACACACUCGUUCAUGAUGGAUGCGGUGGCGGAGCUCAAAAGACAUCCGUAUUCUCUGGAUACAACUACAGUUCAGGUUCACUUGGCUGUCUCCGCCACAGCCCCUCUACGAGGAGGCAGCGGCUACUUCCACUCGCGCUUUUCGGAUCCUGUGCGGGCACGAGAUUACGAGGGACCCGACAAUGUAGAGGCGAUUGAGAAGCAGGCCCGCCUGCGCACGUACCGAGAGAACCUUGUCAGAGACUCGAAUGUCUUUCUCUACGUGAAUGGAAGAGCUAUGGACAGUGCGCAGAUGCGCAGUGAUCACCAUCUCAAGGUGGACAUCAUGGCAGGCGAUCAGCGCCUUGAUAUCACUGGAAAACUCGUCGAACUAUACAUAGACGUCAUUCACACGAGAGAGGUCGUCGAGUUCGACUUGUCGCGCGACCGAUUCUUCCCACUUCGCAGUGUCUGCAUCGAAGUCGAUGGCUGCAAACACCGCGCUGAAGACGGCCAGGUGUCGCUCUGCUUCUCUGGGCAAUAUCCGCAAGCGGUCUUUUGA